AUGGCAUACUGGGCGAACAACUUUCUGGGCGGAGGACGCAGCAACGAUUCGAGAUUCUCAACCGGAAACAAUCAACACCGAACCACUCGAAGCCAGUCCACAUACCAGCAGCUGCUGGACACGCAGAGGCGCAAGCAGCAGGCCGACCAAACCAUAGCAAGACUGAGGAUCAUAAACACCGAGCGCAACGACAAGAUAGCCCAGCUCGAGGUUGCCAAUCGCAAAUUGCAGAGCGACAAGAACCAACUGCAGGAAGAUUAUGAUAAACAGCAAACGGGCUCCAAGAGCGUCGAGGCGGACUACAACUUCAUUCUGGAACGUCUCAUCAAGCCAUACGCGACCAGCCGCAGGUUUGACUUCCAAGGUGUGACCGAUGCUUCGAUCAAGCAGGUUAUAGAUCCGAUGCUGCGCCAUGCCACUCAAUUCAGAACGUUGUGGGCAGAGAUUCGCCGCUUGCGAACUCAAGUUGGGGAGCUUCAGCAAGACAUGCUCGCCAAGGUCGAUAAAGUCGAAGCUAUAACUGAUGACCAAUUCGCGAAGGAGUUCCGCUCGCUCGCCUCGACUAUCAAAACGUUCAGCCGCUCCAUUCGUUUCGACACACAAAUCAACAUCAGCGAGGCUGUCGGCUCACUUCUCUUAGUGAGCGAUGUUGCGCCUCAUCACUGGAGUGGACGCGCAAGGAAAAAGCCGUUGGCCGAAGCAUGGAUCUGGUCGAUCUUGAUCUCCUUAGUAUUCUGCAAUCCCUUUGUUAUCUUCGGAGAUCACUACGCAGCUCUGAAUGAGGCGUGGCUUCAGAUCUAUGGAGAAGAACAUCUUUUUGAAUGGCCGAGUCCUUCUUCGCACUGCGAGUUAUGGCGUGUCAAGACAGUAGAGCAGCUGCUCCAGCAAACUAAUGCCGAGACCAUCACACACGGAGAGUCAGAAGUCUUAUCUGCAGGCUUGACAGCCAGUGUGAUCGAGCAGCGCCAACUUGUAGCGAGUACUCUCUGCGGUCAUUUCGAGGUACUGGCCCCCGGAUUCAAAAUUUCAGACGUCCAGCUCAUCAUCGACAAGGCCUUUUCUCUGGCCCUUCAUAUGUUCCUGCAGCGCUCGCGGUUUCAAGUCACCUUUCCAGCUAUUGGAGCCGAUUUCCACGAGUCACAAAUGCUGGCGGUGAAUGACGACGAUGACGAAGACAUGGAAGCAGGAGUUGUGGCUUUCAUAAUCAACCCAGGCCUGACCAAGUGGGGCGACGCCCAUGGGGAGCACUACGACCAAUGUUACAACAUUGUGCCUACACUUGUGCACUUGGAGCCGAAAGAUCUAGGCCAAAAUAUCGAUGAUUCUCGCCAGGAGGUUGUUGACGCAGAGCCUGUCAUCAAGCAAGAGCGUGGAGUGAAGCAAGAGCCUGAGUGGGAGUGGUGCUGA